CAGAGUGCGUGUCACGGAAGCACAACGGCGGUGAUCGCGGUCGUUGGACGAUUGUUUCGUGGAAGUUUCCGUGUUUGUGUCCCACGGUGCGGUGUCCCGUAACGCAUCUGCCGAGCGUGACCUGCGGUGAUAGGUGCUAAAAUCAAAGUUUGCCAAAGCCAGUUUACCUCGGCCGUAUCCGUAGUGGAGAGUGUGGACAACGAAUCGUCACCGCGGACCUCGGACGUCACCGGUGCAAACCUGUGCAGAGCGGUGAUCGGGGUAGUUAUGAUGGGCGAACUUGCGCUGUGAAUUCUAAGCACACGCCUUUCGGGCGGUGAAGGUGAAUCUGCCGACCCGGUGAACACGGACGGACACACGGUGCAAUCCGAUUCAGUGUGUGAGUCAGUGCGCGAAGGAGAGAAGAGUGUUCGGGAGGCAAAGUCAUCGGAAGUCAACCGGCGCACGCGGAAACUCCUUCAAAAAUGGUCUACACACCCGUAGUUCGGCUCAUCAAGGCGAGCGAUCGCAUUCCAACCCGAUUCAAUGUCGCGGUUAUGCUUUUCUUGGCCUGCCUGAUCAGCUACAUGCUGCGCGUCAACAUGUCCGUCAACAUUCUGGCCAUGGUGCCCCCGAUCCAGAGCAAGGCGGCCAUCGGACCGGCCAGCGGCGAUACCAACCGGACGGCACCGGUCCCCGAUGUAAAGGUUCCCGAUUACGGACCGCGCUACAACUGGAGCUCCCACGAUCAGAGCAUCAUCCUGGGGGCCUACUUCUACGGCUACCUGGUGUCAUCGUUGCCGGCCGGCGUCUGCGCCGAGCGCUUCGGUGGACGUAACAUGGUCGGCCUGUCGCUGGCCUUUAGCGCCCUGCUCACCGCCCUAACGCCGCUCGCCGCCGACAGCGGCAUGUGGGCGACGGUGGCCAACCGCGUUGUGCUCGGCAUUUUGGGCGGGUUCCUGUAUCCGGCACUGCACAAUCUAAUCUCCAAGUGGGCCCCACCGGACGAGAAGGGAAAGUUCGUGUCCGCUCUGAUGGGCGGAACGUUCGGGACCGUCGUCACCUGGCCGCUGGUGGGCGUGCUGAUCGAGACCCUGGGCUGGUCGUUUGCGUUCUACAUUCCGGCGGCCAUAGCGGCGGUGGCGGCCGCCCUCUGGUACCUCAUGGUGGCCGACAGCCCGGCCGCGCACCCUCGGAUCAGGGCCGACGAGCAGGAGUACAUCGAGAAGUCGCUCGGCGAUACCAUCUCCAAGUCGAAGCUGCUGCCACCGGUUCUGUCACUGGCCACGUCGCUACCGUUCCUCUCGCUCCUGGUGCUGCACUUCGGUAACCUCUGGGGUCUGUACUUCCUCAUUACGGCGGCACCGAAGUUCAUGAAUGAGGUACUUGGAUUUAAUCUGGCCAAAGCGGGUUUCCUGGCGGCCAUGCCCUACCUGGCCCGCUCGUUGGCAGCGUUUGUCUUCGGCACGAUCGGCGAUCACCUCCGGAAGAAGUCCAUCCUCGGCGUGACGGCGAUACGGAAAUCGUUCUGCAUCUUCUCUCACAUAAUACCCGGCCUGUUUCUCGUGGGCCUGAUCUACAUCGGGUUCGACGCGUACGUCUGUGUCGCCAUCAUCACGCUGUCACUCGGCUUCAACGGGGCCUCGACGAUGACCAACCUGCAAAACUCCCAGGACCUGGCGCCCAACUUUGCCGGCACACUCUACGGGAUCAUCAACUUCGUCGGCACGUCCAGCGGCUUCAUCUCGCCGAUCCUGGUGGCGCACUUCACCGCCGAACGCAGCACCAUGGACGAGUGGUCGGCCGUCUUCCUGAUUGGUGCCGCCGUCUAUAUCGUUCCAGCCAUCGCUUUCGUGCUGUUCGGAUCAGGCGAGGUGCAGAAGUGGAACGAACCGGCACCGAGCAACCGGGUGGCGGAUGCAGAACGCGAGCGGACCUAGGAGACACGCGGACUGGGCAGCUCUUGGACACUCUCGAAUGGAAUCUCUUGGAAUGUGUG